AUGGCUGGACAACUCAUCGAUCUGAAAAAACUGAAUGUUCAGCAACUGGCCAAGAUGAAAGAACAGAUGUUCAAAGAAGUGAGUUUGAUACAAGAUUCAUUACAGUCUUUGAAAAUAGCCCAAAAGCGGUACAUCAGUUCGCAAGAAGCUCUAGAAACCACUAAGGGCCGACCGUCUGGCACGACCAUGAUGAUACCGUUGACCAAAUCUAUGUACGCAGCAGGUACACUAGCCAAUCCUGAGCACGUAACCGUAUGCAUAGGCGCUGGAUAUUUUCUGAAGCUCGAGAUAGAUGAUGCAAUUAAAUACUUUAAGAGACGUGUUUCCUUUCUUGUUAAACAAAUGGAAAAAAUCCAACUAAUCGGUAUAGAAAAACAGAAACUACAGAAUGUUAUUAAUGAAGUACUAGAAAUGAAAUUACAAGCUCAAACGGAAAAUAAAUAA